CGCGAAAUAAAAAAAAGCGAAUGAAUGUGACGUUAAUAUUAGCUUGUCUGUUAGCAUCAACUUUCAGCAAGAACAAGUUCGGAGCAACACAGAAAAUUAACAAUAUAUGCAUAAAAAAUAAGCUAACGUCUCCUGGAGUCAUGGAUCUGCCUCAUCAAGGCUACAGAGCAACGAAACCGAGAGCGCGUGCAGCGCCCUCUGCAGGAGACUCGGUGUUGUUUGACGACACCAGCUCAGCGGCGCCUGGAAUGAACAGCCAGGGCUUCUACACUCCCGCCUACAACAUGGCGGGACCCUCGAACGACAUGCAGGGAGGACCGGGGGUCAACAACCUGUUCGCCGACCCGAUGGCCAGCGCCGCCAUGAUGUACGGCUCGUCUUUAGCCAAUCAGGGGAAAGACAUGGUGAACAAGGAGAUUAACAGGUUCAUGUCUGUGAACAAGCUGAAGUAUUUCUUCGCAGUGGACACCAGAUACGUCCUGAAGAAACUCAUGAUCCUCAUGUUCCCCUACACACAUCAGGACUGGGAGGUCCGGUACCAUCGCGACACUCCGCUCACGCCAAGGCAAGACGUAAAUGCGCCUGAUCUUUACAUACCCACUAUGGCUUUCAUUACUUACAUCUUACUGGCUGGAAUGGCUCUUGGUAUUCAAAAACGGUUCAGUCCGGAGGUUCUGGGACUCUGUGCCAGCACCGCCCUGGUUUGGAUCAUCAUCGAGGUUCUGGUCAUGUUGCUGAGUUUGUAUCUGCUGACCGUACACAGCGACCUUUCAACCUUUGACCUCAUCGCCUACAGUGGAUACAAAUAUGUUGGAAUGAUCUUCACGGUGCUGUGCGGCUUAAUGUUCGGCAGCGACGGUUAUUAUGUUGCCCUCGCCUGGUCCUCUUGUGCCCUGAUGUUCUUCAUUGUUCGAUCUCUGAAAAUGAAGAUCCUGCCCUCCAUCUCCUCGGAUUCGAUGGGAAUGGGAUCGAACUCCAAGCCUCAGCUCCGCCUCUACAUCACUGUGGCAACCGCCGUCUUCCAGCCAAUCAUUAUCUACUGGUUAACGUCUCACUUAGUCAGGUGACCGUGAGGUUAGAAGGUUAAGACUGUUUGUGCUCUCGCCCUUUUACUGUUUUUGUUGACAAACGGAGAACAUUUGUUUGGUGUUGAGCUGCAGCGUAUUUACGAAGCUUUUCCGCUUCAUCGAAACGAGCAGAAUGUGUGAAACGAAGCACCUCUCUGUCUGCUGCGUGGUUGUAAAGUAACGCUGGUAAAUUAUUGUUUUUUUAAACACCUAACUAAAAGGGCUUCAAGGUUUUAACAUCAGAUCUGAUUCUGUGCAGAUUAGUGUUCAUGUCAUGUCUCUGGACAUGUUUCUCAGUGUUUAAACCAAAUGGUACGCCCAGCUCCUAUUUUCUUUUUAUUUAUCUACAUUUGACAAAGCAUGAUAAAGUUUGGAUUUUGUGUGAUGGAAAAAAUAAACAAAUGUAUAGCUUUGUG